ACUGUAUCUCUGAAGACUUUCCUGCCAAGAAAAUCCUGUGGUCGAUUUAUACCGCCUUUCUCCAGCUCCAGCUCUUAUGCUGUGGGGGAAGUUGGACAGGGAGAGUCAUCCAUCAGAUUGAAUCGUCUACCUCACAGACAGCUCUGGAUCCAGUGAAAAGAAGAAGCUCCCCAGUAAGCAGAGCAAGAGAGGAGCCAGUGGGCAAUGAAAGCAAUUGUCUUCUGAAUUAGGGUCCAACUUGUGCACAAAUGACAGUAUGAUCAUGAAAGACAUCUUCACCCUUCUGCUGAACCUGUAUUUGGUCUUCAGUAUCCAAGCUGUUCGAGAGAGCAUCCCUAUCAACAGCUUGAGCUGCUACAAUGAUUACAACUCACAGGUGACCUGCACGUGGAGGGAGCGUUCAGAGGCUCAUGCCCUCAUUGGUAUGAAUCUUUACAAAAGGGAUGGCAUUGUCACGAAGGACGAGAGGGUGCUUUGCAAACGCCAGACAGAAGAUGACUUACAUGAAGCUCCAGACGCCUAUGUGCACUGGGUUUGUCCCUACACUACAGAAUAUUUUGGAAUAGGGAUAGUUGAUAUUUACAGCUUCAAACCUAACGAGCUGCUUCAAGCAGAACUAAAUGUUGAUCUUCUUCAAAAUGUUCAGCCCCUCCCACCUCAAAGCCUCUCAGUCAGCUCGAUGACAUCAGGAGACUUCUUGCUGACCUGGAAAGCAGCAGAUGGAAGCCAAGGGCUGGGCAAUGCACUGGAGUACGAAGUCACUUACAAGCGGGAGUGGGAGUCCUGGGAGAAAGCUGUCUCGCUCUUGCUCUCCAACAUCACACGUUGCCAUCUCAGCUGUAAGGACCUUGUCCCGGGGAGCAGCUACGUUGCCCGUGUGCGAGCCAGACCGGGGCAGGCCAGUGGCUUCUCGGGGCAGUACAGCGAGUGGAGCACGGCAGUGUCAUGGGAGACCCCUGAAGGUGGCAUUCAGCCCAGGAACCUCCGCUGCCUCUUCAACGGUGCAGAUCGUCUGACGUGCAGCUGGGAAGUGAAGAAAGCGAUCACCACCUCUGUCCUCUUUGGCUUGUUCUUCAGGACCCCUCUAGAAUCAGUAGAAAAGGAGUGCUCUCCUGUGCACGAGACAGCUUUGCCCCACAUCCCCUACGUGGUCCAGAGCUGUGAGAUCCCUGUUAGCAACUCCAGCAGUCAGAGGCAGUACUAUGUGUUUGUCCAGACCAAGACAGAGGAGAAACAGUUUGAAGCCUACAAGACAAUUAAGGUGCUGCCGCCUGCAAAUGUGUCAGUAACAGUGACAGAGAGCCAAGAAUAUGAACUGAACUGGAUAAAACACUCUAUGAGGUAUAGCUUCAUAAAACAGAGGUACCAAGUUGAGUACUGGAAAAAGGGCCAAUACGAAAAGACUCUCCAGAAGUUAAAUAUCGACAAUGAUGAACCUCCCUUCAUCUUCACCCUGCAGAUGCUGGCAUCUUCUACAGAAUACAGGGGGAAAAUGCGUGCAAGGGUGAAUUCGCCCCAGGAUUAUGAGGGGCCUUGGAGUGAAUGGAGCGAGGAGUUCGCCUGGAAGACUGAGAGUGCUCUGCCACCAGUCGUUCUCCCGGUGAUGCUCCCAGGUCUCAUCAUCACUGUCCUAAUAGUUGCUUAUUGCAGCUAUAAGUAUUUCCUCAGGAAGAAGCAAAUGUGGGAGGAAAAGAUUCCAAAUCCCAGCAAGAGCCUCCUGAUCCAGAGCUACCUGGGGAAAGUACAUUUAGGAAACUGGCCAACAAACAGCCAGCUGGACUUCAACAAAUACAACUUUUCAGAGAAGAUGGAGCAGGCUAGCUUCCUUCAAGUUGUGGACAGGCAGAUGAAAACUUUGGCAGAGUCCCCUGAAGGUCAAGCUAAAAAGACAGAUGUUUCCCCUGUUGCACUGGACCUACAGAACUCAUACCAUGCUUUGAAUGAGCCAGAGCAUGCCCCAGUUGUCUGCUCAAGUCAAAUUGUUGGUCAUUCCUUUCCUGUUUCAAGGAGAAACAGUGCUGAGGCAAGUAUUGCUUCCCAGACAGCAGUCCCUUGUUUUGCUUUCAAUGGUCCAUACUUGUACAGCCCAGUGAUGUCCUCCCUGCCUGAUAUGCAUCAGACCCUGGAAGUGGACCCAGUGGGAGUCCGUGAGAAAUCUGUUUCUCUUCAGUAUGUAACCCUCCCAAAGGAAGACUGUCCCCAGGCUCCACACAGGCAAGAACAGGCAGGAGAAGGUCCUCCACAGCCCUUCCUGCUCCCAGAUCAGAAUGAAAUGAUGCAGCACCCCAACAACAAGAAGGAAGUCUCACCGGCCCCGCCAGCCUCUGGGAAAGGCACAAAUGUGAGAACAGAAGAGCAGAAAUCUCCAAAGGAUCUUAGCUGUAUCACGUCUCCUCAGCAGUGCCCCUUGGAGUACAUUACCACAGAGAGCCUGUUACUGCCACCAGCCAGCGACUCCACCCAUCCGCCACCUGCCACUGCCGCGGAGUUACCCUGGGAUUCACAGGAGCCCCAGCCCUGCAAUGACCGCUCUUGCCAGGAGUUUUCUCCUGGGAACACUGGUGUCAUGGUCCCAGUUUCCGGUCAGGCACCAACCUCUUCUCCUGAGUUGCACCUGGAUACACUUGGAGACUAUCUCACUCUCCCUUUAGGUCCCCAUGGACAUUCAGAACUCGCAAAGAUUUCUUUGCCUGUCUUACAGAAAGGAAACGAUUUUCCUAGAAAGCAGCCUUUGUCAGAGGGUAACUUGGUGGUGUUAAACCCUGACAGCACUGAGCCAGUUUUCCUUUGCCAGGUGGGUGACUAUUGCUUCCACAGUCUAAAAUCUGGUAUGAAGAUGGAUAUUAGUCAGGAAGACCACCUAGUCAAGAAACCAUCUGAAGGCAAGACAACACCUGGGAAGCCUGUAUCUGAUGAUGAAUCCAUCUCUGGCAAGGAAAAGGAUGUGUCAAAAAUGCAGGCUAUUCAGCUUUUCAAAAACCUGAAAUCAGAUGAUUACUUUUCCUGGCAGCAAUCUCUGAGGAUCACAGAAAUCUGUUAAAUGGGCAACUAUUAAUGAAUACCAAAGCUACAGGUAACUGAAAGAGGUUGCAACUAUCUGAUGAAAAUGAACCCUCAAACCUAGGAAGAAAUAAACACGAGUUCUCUUCUCCAGCUUCCAGUCCAACAUGUUGCAAGACCUGAAGUAGCUCAAUAUCCUUCUCAUUGGCCUUCACAGAUUUGGUGUGAAAGACAAUCUAAAUAUUGCCCUUUCAUGUUUUUCAAACUUUUUGACUUACCCACAAUGAACAGCUUAGCCUCCUCAUGAUCCUGUGACAGAUCACGGUCAUCUUGCAAUAAUACCAGAUUGCCUGAGGCAAUAUGCCAGGUAUUAUUCCUGGUAUAUUUUGUAUCAGGAAUAGUGUGUCCAGCAGGAGCAGGGAAGUGAUUGUGCCCCUGUACUUGGCACUAGUGAGGCCACAUCUCAAAUACUGUGUUCAGUUUUGGGCCCCUCACUACAAGAGGGACAUGGAGGUGCUGGAGUGUGUCCAGAGAAGGGCAACAAAGCUGACAAAGGGUCUGGAGAGCAGGUCUUAUGAUGAGAGGUUGAGGGAACUGGGGUUGUUUAGUCUGAAGAAGGGGAGGCUGAGUGGAGACCUUAUUUCUCUCUACAACUACCUGAAAGGAGGUUGUAGUGAGGUGGAUGUUGGUCUCUUCUCCCAAGUUACUAGUGAUAGGACGAGAGGAAAUGGCCUCAACUUGUGUCUGGGGAGGUUUAGAUUGGAUAUUAGGAACAAUUUUUUUACUGAAGGAGCGGUCAGGCAUUGGAACAGACUGCCCAGAGAGGUGGUGGAGUCACCGUCUGUGGAGGUGUUCAAAAAGCACGUAGUCGUGGCACUUCAGGGCAUGGUUUAGGAGACAUGGUAGUGUUGUGUUGACAGUUGGACUUGAUGAUCCUACAGUUCUUUUCUAACCUUAAUGAUUCUAUGAUUCUCUGAAAACUCAUGGCAAGAAAUGCAGAAUUAACAGCAUUAAAUGCUGUCAGAAGAAGACAGCUGACCCAAAUGAACCAAAGGGAUAUUCCACACCAUAUGAUGUCAUGCUCAGUGUGUAAAGCUGGGGGAAGAUGAAGGAAGGGGGGAAUGUUUGGAGUUAUGGCAUUUGUCUUCCCAAGUAACCGCUAUGUGUGAUGGAGCCCUGCUUUCCUGGAGAUGGCUGAACACCUGCCUGCCAAUAGGAAGUAUUGAAUGAAUUCCAUGGUUUGCUUUGCUUGCACAUGCAGAUUUUGCUUCACUUAUUAAACUGAUUUUAUCUGAA